CUAGACUUGUUAUCAAUGACGAGAAUCCUUCCUGUUUGUCUUUCUUCAGCCAGCAGCUACAACAAGACCCUCGACGAAUAUUACCAAAAUCUGACCAGGAUGGCAACGCUCAGGGCUCUUAGGAAACUGUGCCAACACACACAGCGCCAAGUCUGUAGUCUACACACGUCCAUAUCAAGGCAGGAGGCGGUGGUCAUCUCAGGAAGGAAACUCGCACGACAGAUCCGAGAGGAGGCUCGGCUCGAUUUGGAAGAGUGGGUGUCUGCUGGCAACAGGAGGCCCCAUCUCAGUGUGGUUCUUGUAGGAGACAACCCCGCCAGUCACUCCUACGUCCUGAAUAAGACAAGGGCGGCAGCUGAUGUUGGAAUCAGCAGUGAGACCAUCCUAAAACCCUCAGACAUCAGUGAGGAGGAACUAUUGGACCUGAUAGAUAAACUCAACACAGACCACUGUGUGGACGGCCUUCUGGUCCAAUUGCCUCUUCCAGAACACAUCGAUGAGCGUAAAGUCUGUAAUGCAGUUUCUCCUAGCAAGGAUGUGGACGGCUUCCAUGUUGUGAAUGUGGGUCGCAUGUGCCUGGAUCAGUCCACCAUGCUGCCUGCCACUCCCUGGGGAGUCUGGGAAAUUAUCAAACGCACAGGUAUUCCCACCCUUGGGAAGAAUGUUGUGGUGGCAGGCCGCUCCAAGAAUGUGGGCAUGCCCAUCGCCAUGUUGCUGCAUACAGACGGGCGCCAUGAGAGGCCCGGAGGUGAUGCCACCGUCACCAUCUCUCACCGUUACACUCCAAAGGAACAACUUCGCCAACACACAAAAAUCGCUGAUAUCAUUGUGGCUGCUGCAGGGAUCCCAAACCUCAUUACGGCAGACAUGAUCAAAGAAGGUGCGGCAGUUAUCGACGUUGGAAUAAACAGAGUCCAGGAUCCAGUCACUGGCAAGAGCAGACUCGUUGGAGAUGUUGACUUUGAAGGUGUGAAGCAGAAAGCAAGCUUCAUCACGCCAGUUCCUGGGGGUGUGGGACCCAUGACUGUGGCAAUGCUCAUGAAGAACACCAUCAAGGCAGCUAAGAACGUCUUGUUGUAUCCCCCAGAGAGGAUCCGCAUUGCUGCUGCUUCGUAAUAGGACAUCAUAAAUCCCAGCAACAGUGACACAUUCCACCCCGACAUACCCUGCCACCCCUUUGUUUUUGUUUUUUUUUGGCACGGUCGCCUGCACACGGACUGGAAAGACAAUAGCUUUAAGGCUUUCCUCCUGCCGAUGCCUUUCACCUCUCUUAACUUUAAGUGCAGCCAUGCCAGACUGUUACAUGUCACUCCUGUAUUUCAACAUUAUAUAACAAGCUUCUCAGUAUUUCUCAUUUGCCAUGUAUUCCUGCAGCAUUUUAGGUUUUUGGGGAACCUUGAAAGGAUUGCUCAUUGUUUUUAUUUGUAUUUAUGCAUUGAUAUAUAUUUAUACAGUAAUUGAGAGGUUACAGUGUGUGUGUAACCUGAAAGAUGACAAGCAGUUAAAGCAGGACGACUGAGACAUGUCUCCUUUCUGUCCAUCGGCUGGUGUAGUAUUAUGUACAGAGAGGGCCAAGGGCUAACCUAAUCAGGAACAUGUAUGUCUAUUAAUUUAAGCUUUAAAUUUUAAAGAUUCACAAAUGCCUUUGUAAAAAGAGGAAUUUUGAAAUAAAUAUUGCAAAUAUGU